AAAACUUAUAAAAGGACACUUGUGCGUGUGUGUGUGUGUGUCGCUCAUUUAUAAUCUUCAUUCUUGACAUCUCUCUUUCCUAAUUUCAUCAGAUCACCUCUCUUUCCUUCAAUCUUGUUCAUGCAAAUUGUGCUUUAACAUCUCUCAAGGGGGAAAAAUUCUCACUUUCCCACAAAAAAAUUGAUUCUUGCUCUUUUCCACAAAUGGGGUCUCGCUAAAUUGCUUGAUUCUUGCUCCUUUCCCCUUUCUGGUUGCAAAGUUUGAAUCUUUUUGAAUAUUAGGAAUCUAGGAUUUCAUACCAUGUAAAUUGAUCUCAGCUUCUUGUUUUGGGUUUGUGCAUUUUGGUUUGAAGUAGUUGAUGGUUAGAAAAGUAUCUAAUUUGAUGUAAGUUGAGUGUUGAUAUGAUGGAUCUGAGCAUUAUUUCAGUCAACCGUUAGUCCGAUUUCUCUGUUCUUGAUCAGCAAUGCAUCCAUUUCGUUAGAAUUGUUUCUCUUUCUGCUACAGACAUGGAAUACAAGUAGGCCUAGGAUUAUUCUUCACCAGUUUCUGUGAUUCUUUUGUUCAUUUUUUGCUGAACACUUACAAACUAUUCUUUCCAAAUUUUUAGUAGGAUGUAACCUUUUUUUUCUAAUUCUUGAAAGUAUGGGCCUCUUGAAAGGUCUCAAAUUAUACACAGAUUCAAAGAUAUGCCAACCUUUUACAAUAAUCAAGUAGUUUAUGCUCUUCUGCCCAUAGCCUUUCUUAUGCAAAUAUAGUUUUAGUGAUAUUGGCCUCUCGAGUACCUUUUUUUGGUGUUGAAUUAUACUUUGUGUGGGAAAUUUGGGUGUUUUUUCAUGGAGGAAACAUUUGUUCCGUUUCGUGGGAUUAAAAAUGACCUCAAAGGGAGGCUUUUGUGCUACAAACAAGAUUGGAGUGGAGGGAUAGGCGCCGGUAUCAGGAUCUUGGCUCCAACAACAUACAUCUUUUUUGCAUCGGCAAUUCCUGUUAUAUCUUUCGGUGUGCAGCUGGAGAGGAACACCAAUGGAACUUUGACAGCAGUGCAAACACUUGCAUCAACUGCACUUUGUGGUGUGAUCCACUCUGUCAUAGGUGGACAGCCACUGCUUAUACUUGGGGUAGCUGAGCCCACGGUGUUAAUGUACACUUUCAUGUUUGAUUUUGCCAAAGAUCGAAAAGAUUUGGGGGAGAAGUUGUUCUUAGCCUGGACAGCAUGGGUAUGUGUGUGGACAUCCAUUUUGCUUUUCUUGCUGGCUAUCUUAGGUGCUUGCUCUAUUAUCAAUCGGUUUACGCGUGUUGCUGGUGAAUUGUUUGGUCUUUUAAUCGCAAUGCUCUUUAUGCAGCAAGCAAUUCGUGGAGUCGUGGAGGAGUUUGGCAUUCCUAAGCGGGGAAAUGGAAGUGCAACUGCACUUAUACCUUCCUGGCGCUUUGGAAACGGAAUGUUUGCUUUGGUGCUUUCAUUUGGCCUUCUUCUCACUGCAUUGAGUAGUCGUAAGGCUAGAUCCUGGCGCUAUGGUACAGGAUGGCUUAGAGGAUUUAUCGCGGACUAUGGUGUCCCACUGAUGGUGCUCGUGUGGACUGGCUUGUCUUACAUACCAGCUAACGAUGUUCCAAAAGGGAUACCGAGAAGACUUAUUAGCCCGAAUCCAUGGUCAGAUGGUGCAUACGCGAACUGGACAGUUAUCAAGGUGCUUCUCCCUUUAUCCUUUCGAAGUAGCUACAAAAGUGAAACGAAACCCCGUAUCCAAGUCACUGAUCUCUCUCUGUUUCCUUCCCGUUUCUCUUUUAUGUCUCAGGACAUGGGGGAUGUGCCACUAAUGUAUAUUAUUGGAGCAUUUAUUCCUGCCACGAUGAUAGCUGUGCUUUAUUACUUUGAUCAUAGCGUUGCAUCUCAACUCGCGCAGCAGAAAGAGUUCAAUCUGAAGAAGCCAUCUUCGUAUCACUAUGAUCUCCUUCUCUUGGGACUUUUGGUGAUAAUAUGUGGUCUAAUCGGGAUUCCUCCCGCCAAUGGAGUUAUUCCGCAGUCCCCAAUGCACACGAAAAGUUUGGCCACUCUGAAACAUCAGCUUUUGAGGAACAAGCUCGUGUCUACUGCUCGAGAUAGCAUCAGUAAAAAUGCCAAUCUCUCUCAGCUGUAUAGAAGCAUGCAAGAAGCAUACACAGAGAUGCAGACUCCCCUCGUGUACCAAACUCCCGCUGUUCUGGGAUUGAAGGAGCUGAAAGAUUCUACCGUUCAGCGCGCAUCCACUAGUGGCUACAUGGAUGCACCAGUCGAUAAUGCCAUAUUUGAUGUGGACAAGGAUGUCGAUGAUCUUCUCCCCGUGGAAGUUAAGGAGCAACGCCUCAGCAAUCUGCUUCAGGCCUUAAUGGUCGGAGCUUGUCUCGCUGCCAUGCCUCUCUUGAAAAAGAUCCCCACUUCAGUCCUCUGGGGCUAUUUCGCGUUCAUGGCAAUCGAGAGCUUGCCAGGAAAUCAGUUCUGGGAAAGAAUCCUGCUGCUUUUCACAGCUCCAAGUCGAAGAUACAUGGUGCUAGAGGAGCAUCACGCAACCUUUGUGGAGACGGUGCCUUUCAGAACAAUCGCGUUCUUCACUUUGUUUCAGACGGUUUACUUGCUUCUAUGCUUUGGAAUAACGUGGAUCCCCAUUGCCGGCGUCCUCUUCCCCUUGCUGAUCAUGCUUCUCGUUCCCGUUCGCCAGUAUCUGCUACCCAAGUUCUUCAAAGGUGCUCAUCUGCAAGACUUGGAUGCUGCAGAGUAUGAAGAAGCCCCCGCAAUUAGCUACAACUUAUCCUACGACGAGCAAGGCAAUGCCAUCACUCUUGACAGUGGCGAGUUGUUGGACGAGAUGAUUACGAGAAGUCGAGGCGAGAUACGCUCUGGUCGUAGCCCAAAGGUCACAAGUUCGACACAAUCGCCUCUGGAGGAAAUGAAGGCUGCAUACAGUCCAAGGCUGCCUGAGAGGGCGCAGAGUCCACGUCUUAGUGAAAUAAGAUCGGAGCUGAGCCCGGGGUUGAGUGGUAGACAAGAAGUAAAUCGAACCCCGAGCCCUCUCGGACAAACCAGUCGUGGAUCAACGUCUUUGUAAUCGAGCCAUCUCCGUUAAGUUAUCGUUUUGGUGCUUGAGAGGUCCUUAUAUGCUAAAGAGACUUAUGUAAAAAAUUAGAUAUUUGGUUAUUGUGUUUAAUGUCUUCUACAUUGUACACAACUUUCACUCUCUCAUGGGCAGAAGAGAGUUAAUGAUAAAAGUGGGUGAUAUUUAUUUAA